AUGGGGUUCCUCUUCCAUGCCAUAGAAUUACCGAAAUUUCUGACAGCUACAUUCUUUGUGGGCUUAUGGAGGCAUCUGAAAUUGAUGGUCAUUGUUGGCCUCACUCGGCUGGGUCUGUACAAACCUGCACCUGAAGAUGAUGAUGCGGAUUCCGGCUACAACCCGAAUAGUUACAUACUCCUAUUAGACGGCAGUUGCCCUUCCCUUGUCACCGUUCCAAUCGAGGUCGCCAUCGCAGCCGUGAAGCUCAAAGUUCCAAUACUUCUCUACAGCGAUUACCUCCUCCUCCGACGUGGCAAUACUGAUGAAUUGGUGAAGGGAUGCUCCAUCUGCCUUGAAUCUAUGGAGCUAGACGAUGAGGUCCGAGAGCUCAUCACCUGCAACCACGUCUUCCACAGAGGAUGUCUCGAUACUUGGGUGGACGAUGGACACGUGACGUGUCCCUUGUGCAGAUCCAUGUUGCUUCCCCCUAAGUUGACUUCUUUCCGAUGA